AACCGGAAAAGCUCUUCAUGCACUGGGGGAUGCUCGACGUGCCCAAGGAUUGCUGGACGAUGCCGUCAACCUCUUCCAACGAGCUCUGGUGAUUUUCAGAGCCACGAUCGGGGAUAACCAUUUCAUCACCGCAGAUACUUGCUACCGUCUAGCAGAACAGUUCAUCAGGACAGGUCAAAGUCAAGAAGCAAA